AUGUGGAUACUGGCAACUUUGGUAUCAGUGCUGGCCUGUCUUCUGAUUGUGCACUUUCUGAAACAACUCUGGUCACACAAGAACUAUCCUCCAGGGCCUCUUCGGCUUCCUCUCAUUGGAAGCAUUUGGCGGAUAAUACCGAACUUUUCUGAGGAUAUUUUGAUUAAGCUGGCAAAGGAGUAUGGAAACAUGUAUACCAUAUGGGCAGGGCCUCUGUCUGUGGUGGUAUUUUCUGGAUUUGAAGCAGUGAAAGAAAGUAUGGUCAAACAUUCAGAAUAUUUUGAUGAGCGACCAAUGACUCCUUUUUAUGAAGAUUUAGGGGAAAAAAGGGGUAUUGGACUUUCAAACGGUCACACCUGGAAGCAACAGAGGAAGUUUGGGCUGAUUACUCUGCGGAAGCUGGGACUGGGGAAGAAAGGCAUCGAGCACAAAAUAGAGGAGGAGGCCCAUCAGCUUGUCGAGACUCUUGCACGUGAAAAGGGGCAGCCUCUUGACCCUUCAUCAGCCAUCACUAAUUCCGUCACCAAUGUGAUUUGUUCUCUGACUUUUGGUCAACGAUUUACCCUUGAAGAUGAAGAAUUCAUCAAGUUGAGAGAUGCCUUAUGGAAUAUCUUACAAUUUACCAUGACCUUCUUUCAGUUACUGUAUGACACUCUCCCCUGGCUCAUGAAACAUCUCCCAGGGCCUCACAAGAAGGCAUUUGCUUCCCUUGAUUUUAUACUUUCUGUUGCAAGGAAGGAGAUAGAAAAGCAUAAGACACAUCGGGCUAUGCAUGAGCCACAGGAUUUCAUCGAUUACUACCUACUUCAGAUAGAAAAAAACAAGAAAGAUCCCAACUCUACCUACAAUGAAGAGAACCUGUCCCAGUGCAUUUUUGACUUGUUUAUUGCAGGAACAGAAACAACCACCCACACACUUCUCUGGGCACUAGUCCUCAUGGCGAAUCAUCCAGAUAUCCAAGAAAAAGUCCAAAAGGAGAUAGAUGAAGUUUUGGGUUCCUCUCAGUCAUUCUCCUAUGAAGACUGGAAGAAGCUGCCCUAUACCAGUGCUGUGAUUCAUGAGAUCCAGCGUUUCAAAUAUAUCUUAUUGUUUGGGAUCCCCCGCCAAUGUGCAAAGGAUGUGAACAUUAUGGGGUUUCUCAUCCCUAAGGGGACAAUAGUUAUUCCAGAUUUCCGCUCUGUUCUUUUUGAAUCAAAGCACUGGGCGACCCCUUGGGAGUUCAAUCCAAAUAAUUUUUUGGACAAGGAAGGCAAGUUUGUGGAAAAAGAAGAAUUCCUUCCAUUUGGAGCAGGGGCACGUGAAUGUCUUGGGGAGCAGCUGGCAAAGAUCGAGGUCUUCAUCUUCUUCAUCAGCCUGCUGAGGUCAUUCACGUUUAAGCCACCAGAAGGAGUGAAAAAAAUCAGUGAAGACCCUGUAGUACGAAUCGUCACCCCUCCCCAUCAUUAUAAGGUCUGCGCUAUUCCCCGCAGCAGCGGAUCAUAA